AUGUCUUUAUUUGGCGGCGGCUCGUCGCUGUUCGGUGGCGGUACUACGAACACGCAAGCGCAAGCGAACCCUUUUGGGCAGUCAACAGCAACGCAACAGCAACCUGCGCCGAUGCAAAGCAUCUUUGGCCAGAACAACAAUGCGAACAAUCAGCAGCAGCAGCAGCAGCAACAACAGCAGCAGCAGCAACAGCAACAGGCUCCUCUCGGCCAGUCCAUCUUUGGGCAACAACAGAAUAACCAAGCUGCCAACUCGGCAUUUCAGCCUGGCACUCAACCUCAACCUUAUGGCAAAUCCAUCCCCGAACAGAUGCAGCUGGUCCUUGCCAAAUGGCAACCAAAACAGCCAGACUGUGUAUUCAAAUACUAUUUCUACAACAAAGUCGACGACGCCCACAUACCCUUCUACCACCCCGGCGAGCACGAGAACGCCAAAGAAUGGGAGGAAGCACUACAGAACAAGCCCGCACCGGGCCUGAUGCCCGUGCUGGCUUCUGGCUUUGAGGCUGUUGCGGAGCGGCUCAAGGCGCAGCGUGUCGCGAUUGGCCGAUUCAACCAGCGACUGCACGAGAUCAACAACUGCCUCGAUGCGAUCCUGUCGAAACAUGACCUGGAGUGGAGUGUGCGGACAAUCAACGCGAGGCGGAAACAUGAUGCUCUGCGCCGGCGGACCCUGGUUCUUGCCAGGAAAGUGCAGGUCCUCCGAAACAGGGGCUACGCGCUUUCGGGCGACGAGGACGAGCUGAGGAUCAAGUUGGAGAACAUGGAGAAGAGCGUCCAGGACCCAGCAGUCAACGCGAGGCUGGAGGAGCUAUGGAGUCGGUUGAUAAUGCUCAGGGAGAGAGCACAGAUCCUGCAGUCGGAGCUCCAGAAGAAGGGGCUGGGCGAGGACCAGAGCCUGGGUGAGGAAGUGGAGGUCAGAGUCAAAAAGAUCGUCGAGGAUUACGAGAAGCAGCUCCAGCAUCUUAAGAAGGAGUGCGAACUCAUCAAGCGCGACUUUGAGGAAUGGGAGAAGGAACACCCCAAAUAG